AAAAGAAAAAAAUAAAAGAGGAAGAAUCAUCAUCUGAGCGAAGGACCCAAAAAAGAAAAGAAAAUAAAAACAUCAAAAACAGCGAAGUGAUUCUUCUUCUUCUUCGAAACGGUUGCUUAAUUGCGAAGAUCAGCUGAAUAGCUUCAAGUUUCCGUCUCAGCUGAAUAACUUCAAGUUUCCACUCAGCUGCAAAAAUAUAGUCAACUCCCAGAUGGUUUUCUUUCAAUUAUUGCCAAUUGUCAGAGGGAGAGUGUAGGAUAUGAUUUCCUGAGAACGUAAAUUUUCCGAGCAUAUAACAUUAAAGGAAAACAAUAUGGGGUCUACUGAUGAUGGUGAGUAUACUGGUGGAGGUGAGGAAUCUAUUGUUGGUAAAGUAAAGAGCCGCUCCCCUCUGCGAAUCUCUACAUCUCAACGAGGUCUCAUAGGUGAUGAAAGUGCAGAAAAUGGUGGCCCUUCUGCUCUGUCCAAAAGGCUAAGGUUCCUUAAGUUUGGUAAUUUGGCUUCACCAUCGGCCAAAUUUCAGAGGAUUGCUGAGGAGAGGGACGAAGUGUCGCGCAAUGUACCUUCUUCUAGUAGUCUCCAUAUUCGUGAACGUUUUCAGAGGAUAUUUUCUAAAAGAAUUGACUGGAAUAGCCUUGGGAGACUUUGCAAAGAAUGGAUAAGGGAUCCCAUGAAUUUGGCUCUUUUUAUCUGGAUUACCUGUGUCGCUGUUUCUGGUGCUAUUCUCUUCAUGGUCAUGACUGGAAUGUUGAACCAUGCUCUCCCAAGGAAGUCUCAGAGAGAUGCUUGGUUUGAAGUUAAUAAUCAGAUUCUCAAUGCUCUGUUCACCCUCAUGUGUUUAUAUCAACACCCAAAACGAAUAUAUCACCUUGCUCUACUAUUAAGAUGGAGGCCGGACGAUGUUCUAAAGCUCAGAAAAAUUUAUUGCAAGAAUGGCGCCUACAAACCCAAUGAAUGGGCACAUAUGAUGGUGGUUGUAUUUCUUCUCAAUCUCAACUGUUUCGCACAAUAUGCACUAUGUGGUCUUAACUUGGGAUACAAGAGAUCGGAGAGGCCUCCUAUUGGUGUUGGCAUAUGUGUAUCUCUGGCAAUUGGUGCACCUGCAUUUGCUGGAAUCUACUCCAUGCUUAGCCCUCUUGGGAAAGAUUAUGAGACUGAGAUAGAUGAAGAAGCACAAAUUCCAGUUACCACUGAGGAUAGUAGCAGAUCUGAUCAGUCAAGGAGAAUAUCACUUGAAAAAAGAUUCUCAUUUGCUUUGAGAGAUGAUGAAAGAACUGUUGAGACGAGACCUCGGUGGAGUGGAGGCGUUCUUGAUUUUUGGGAUGAUAUUUCUUUAGCUUAUCUCUCAUUAUUCUGUAGUUUCUGUGUUUUUGGAUGGAAUAUGGAGAGACUUGGGUUUGGGAAUAUGUAUGUUCACAUUGCCACUUUUCUUCUAUUUUGUAUGGCUCCUUUUUGGAUUUUCAAUCUGGCAGCUGUUAACAUCGAUAACGAGACUGUUAGAGAGGCAUUAGGUAUCACUGGGAUUUUCCUUUGUGUUUUCGGGUUGCUUUAUGGUGGGUUUUGGAGAAUUCAGAUGAGGAAGAGAUUUAAUUUGCCUCCCUAUAAUUUUUGCUGUGGUAAACCAGCUAUUACCGAUUGUGCUCUGUGGCUUUUCUGCUGUUGGUGCACUCUUGCUCAGGAAGUAAGGACUGGGAAUUCAUAUGACAUUGUGGAAGAUAAAUUUUACAGGAAAAAAGGUGACCAGUUGCCAAUGUCCCCAUUGCCUCGUGAAGAUGGAGAAUUCCAGUUGAGGUCCAGUCCAAGUUCUUUAGGGAACAGUCCAUCUCCACCACACAUCGUGAAGGCUAACUCCCCGAGUCCUAGCCGGUUUUCCAAGGAGUACAACAGUCCAGGAAGGCAACUUCCUGUAAUUGAAGAAGAAUCUCGUACGCAUAGCAAAGAUGAAACAAUGAUGCCACCUGCCCCUUCCAUAAUCCGUAGAGAAGAAAUAUAGCAGCCAACCUUUUUUGAACACCACAUUGUGUUGUAAUAUACACUGGCUAGCCAUUUUAAGUUUUGAUUGUUGAGUGUAUUCAUAUGGACCAUGCUUCUAGUGUUCUUGUUGUAUUGCUUUCCUAUUUCCUAUGGUACAUCUAUUUAUUUCCUGCUGUACAUAGAUGGAUCAAAUAUGUGCAGUUCUUGUUUUGACGACUUGGUGCCUUGAAAGGAAAUACAUU